AUGGCGAUUCUAAACGCGUACUCGUACGUGUUAAUCGCAAGUGCGGUGUUUAUAUGCGUGUGCGCAUGUUGGCGGCGCAUCCGUCGCGCGCGCAACUUACUGUGGCAUCUCCCCCACUUUCCAACCCUGCCGAUCAUUGGGAACAUUCAUCAAAUGUACGGCGACAGUGAAUUUCUCUGCCGUCAAGUGAUGGGAGUAACCAAAAUGAUGAAUGAUACAAGACUGCCGUUCGUCUCGUGGCUUGGACCGAUACCAGUUGUUGCAGUGAGCGAGCCCCUGGAUGUGAAAGCAGUGUCUAACUGCUACCUGGAGAAACCAUACACGUAUGAGUUUGCCCACAACUUGCUGGGUCAAGGUCUUAUUACGGCUCCUGGAUCAAUAUGGAAACAUACUUCCAAGAAGCUCUCAGGAGUGUUCACCACCGGUAUAGUGGAUGGCUAUCUGGAUAUAUUCAACGCAGCAGCACAGAAAUUGGUGACGAUGAUGAAGGCUGAAGUGGGGAAGGAACCAUUUGAUAUAUCCCACAAAUACGUCACUAAGAUUUCGUUGGAAAGUAUUUAUCAUGUAACUCUAGGAGUACCGAGAACAGAAGAAUGUGCAGUGACAGAUGAAUACCACCGCAAGCUCAGCAGAGCUAUGGAGCUGUAUCUGUUUCGAGGAGUGACUCCACUUCUCCACUUCAACUUCUUGUACCGACUCAUGCCUGCUUAUAAGGAGUUGACGAAAUGCGAAGAGUGGCUCAAAAAUACGGCUGAAAGAGUCAUAAAUAAAAGAAAAGAAGAAAGAACCUGUGCAGAACGGAAUGGAAUAAUGAAACCAAAUAUGAAAGAGAGCAGCAAAUCCAAAUUCUUACCAUUCUGCGACGUGCUCCUCUCGCUGAGCGAGAGUGACCCGGUGUUCACGCGCAGACAGCUGGUGUAUGAGCUGACCACCAUCAUGGCGGCUGGACACGACACCGUCUCCCACGUCCUCACCAUGAGCCUCAUCAUGAUCGGCAGCCAUCCACACGUCCAGGAUAAACUACAUGAGGAAAUAAGAGCAAUAUUUGGGGCCAGCAAGCGAGCCGUGACCAAGGACGAUCUCUGCCAGCUGCGAUACUGCGAGGCGGUGAUCAAUGAGACCCUCCGCCUGUACCCUGCUGUGCCGCUCGUCCUCAGACAUGCUGACAAGGAUCUUCAACUGCAAGCGUGUACGAUACCGAAAGGUGUCAGCUGUGUCAUCAAUAUCCUGGCCGCGGGACUCUCGCAGCAUUCGUGGGGCGCAGACGCGGACUCCUUCCGACCUGAACGCUGGCUGGAGCCGCAGCAGCCAGGGCAGACCCACUUCUUCAUACCCUUCAGUCAUGGGAAGAGAGCUUGCAUAGGCAAAAGAUACGCCAUGUCAAUGAUGAAGACAUGUAUCGCGCACUGCGUGCGGGAGCUGGUGUUGUCAGCUGACAUCAGCGACCUUCGCUUCAAGAUUGCCGUCACCAUGCAGCCAAUAUCUGGACAUCUCGUUCAAGUUCGAUUGAGGGAAAACGAGUUCGAUUGA